AUGGAUGGAAUUUCGGUUGAAGGGGUUGGCCCCUGGGGGCCGCCCGAGAGUACCCCCAAGCCGCCAUCUGGUGAUACACCUGAAACGGCAGCGCGUCUCGGGAACGAGUUGCCCCUUGUAGAGGAGCCUACUGGUUUCGCCAGGACCUCCCCAGGGGCCUCCCUAGAGGCGCUUCCAGGGCUAGCUCUAGGGUCGCCCUUACGGGCUCCCCCAGCUGCGCGCAAGGUGUGCGUGUUGGUGUCUUCGGAAAUGCAUUUUUGCAGCACGAGCCAGGAGGGGGAGAAGGAAUUUGUUGCCGAAGCUGGUGUUUCGUUGGCCUCCAUUUUAGCUAUGCACAGGGCCUCAAGGAGCUGUGGAUACACCUUGGAGUUUGUGACGCCUUCGGGGUCCCCUCCGCCUGUGGCUUCCUUUGGACACCUCGAGGAGGUGGGGUUGUUGUUGGAAAAGCAUAAGGAGGAGGACGCUGAGUUGCUAAUGCAGCAGCUGCAGCACCCGCAGCAGCUACGCAAGGCAGCGGCAGCCGACUAUUGCUGCUUGCUGCUGCCGCAUCAUCUGGGAGCAGCAAUCGACCUCUACAGCAGCGCCAGCACGGGGGCCCUCAUUAAAGACUUUGGGGCGUUGAAAAAGCCCGUGGGGGUACUGGGAUACGGCGGAUUCGCCCUAUGCGCCAAACCUCUGGCAGGGUCUGAGGCAUUUCCGUUGGCCGGCCGUCUCAUAUCUACUGUCCCCCUCGCUGAGGAGGCACGACACCCCUACUUCGGGCUGCUGCCGCUGCACCUCGAGCUGCACUUUGCCUCCGAAGGGGCCCGCACAGCAGCAGGCCUUUCUGAGACAGGGGGCCUCGUCGUCGACGGUAACCUCGUCUCUGCGAGCAGUGAAACCUCCACGGAACUCCUUUUCAGGGUCCUCGUCAUGCUAGCCUCCAGGCAACAGGAUCAGCAGCAGUAG